GAAGAUUUUUGAAGUUAUUUUAAUGAAAAAUUGCUUGCUUUUGUUAAAAGAAGAAAAAACUGCACAGAAAAGAGGUACAAAAGCUGUAUACAUCACAAAAUUCAUUUUAAAUCUUUAUAAAGGUGUAAAUAAUAGGAUAUGCUCCAAGAAUUCAGGUUGACAUGGUCAUCAAUCACUCUUUAAGUGGAAAAAAUCUUUUCAAGAUAUUUCACUUUUACAACUGUUUGAUUCUCGUUCUGUUUAGAUAAUUUCUCUUAAUUAAUUUAGGUCACAUGACACUCAUUAUAAAAAUAAUUUGUUGUCCUAAUUUAAUAUCCAGUUCUUGGAGCUUAAAUGAUAUUUAAUUAAGUUGGAUAAAUAAACCAUAGAAAAUAGGCUUUGAGGUUUAACUCUGAUAGAUGUGCGGAUAAAGAUUUUCUUUCAGAAAAAUCCUCUUUUGCCACGGAGCGUUAUCGAUAAUCUGUCAUUUCACCCACAAAAGAACACAAAAGCCUUUUUUCCUGUAUGAAAAAACACAAAAGGAGGACGAUAUUGGCUAGAUAUACCUACAGAUGUUUUAUUAAUUAGGUUUUCGUAUAGAAUAUUAUAUAUACGAGCUGCACAGACCAGAAAAAUUGCACCCAUAGAGAAGCUAGCAAGCAGCAAACAGUAUUCCAGGAUAUAAUGAUCAGGAUACAGGCCUUUAAAUCUACGACCGACUUUUACAGGACGGAUUCUUCGAAAGCUAUUCGUAGACUAUUACAACCGGUAUUUUCUCUUUUACGAUCUUUAGGCUUUUUAAAUUUGGAAAAUAGCGAAUGUUUUUACCCAAUAGGUAUGUUUACACUUCACGCAUACCUGUGCUAUUUUUUCAGUUGGUUGUUUGUUCACACCGAAAAGAAUUCUCUCUGGUAUUCGUUUACUUUAUUAGAACAUUGUCUGGCAUCGGCAUCUACUAUAGACAUGAUGUGGAUCAGAAAAAGUAAAUUAAACGAUUUAUUGACGAUGCUGAGCCAAGUGCAAACACCGAAUUCCAUCGCCUCCACAAAAAAGUGGAUGAAAGGAUCGUUAAUCCUGAUAGCUGUGUACGGCACGUCGUCAGUUAUUAUAGGUUAUAUGCUAUUAUCCUUUUACCCUCUACAAGUAUAUUACGAUAUCUAUUUUUACGGGCUACGAGUGGAAAAAUGGUAUAAUUUUUUAAAAUAUAUUUUGCCAGCAGUUAACAUUUUUACGGCUCAGCUUAUGGUGUUUCAACCCAUAUAUUUUUAUAUCGUUUUAUAUUCUGUACUGUGUAGAAAUAUAUACACGGUAGUUAAUGAUUAUAACAGAGGCAUAAAAACCGUCCGUAUCAGAAACGUUUCUGCUGUAAAAUUACUGCAGAUGCAACAUUUCCGUCUGACAGUUUGCGUUCAACAAAUGGAUGAUUUGUUCUCCCCGGUGAUGUUUAUUUGGUAUAGCGUAACGUGCGUAUAUGUUUGCAACGAGAUAUCGCUGCUAUUAGAUAAAGGAGAAGAUCCAUUUAUAAACGAAACCUUCAUAGCUUUCACUUUAUUUAAAUUAUUACCGUCCGUGUGCUUUCUUCUAGUUUUGUCUCUGUUGGCUGCUAAUGUUAAAGAAGUGUUUCUCUGUACCGUCGACUGUGUGCGUCGUCUUUCACUAGCUCUACCGACUAGAGAAGAAGAUUGUUUGCUGCAAGUGGAGCUUCUGCAGUCUCAAUCAAUCAAGCUCUGCCCCGCUCUCACUAUUUGGAAUUUUGUAGUCGUCUCCAGGCGCCUUAUUCUUGCUUGUUUUAGUUUCUUCGUCACCUAUACCAUUAUCGUCUUACAACUAAAUCCCAGAGCUACUAAAAAGUUUCGAUCUGGCUAAUAAAAAAAUUACAUAAAUGUGUAUGUAAUCGC